AUGUCAAAGAGAGAACGUGAUGAUGAUAUAGAGUUUGAUGAUGAUCAAGAGGAGAAUGAUCAAAUUGAAGAGGAGCAAGAUGAGGAAGAAGAUUAUCAUGAGAUGAAUGAUGAAGAUGAAGAGGAGAACAACGAUCAAGAGAUAGAACAAGAAGACGAAGAAGAGGAUGAAGAUGAUCGUUCAAAUCUCAGAGUAUGGAGACCCGGUGUAGAUGCAAUGGAUGAAGAUGAAGAGCUGAUCUACGAUUCAUCUGCCUACGACAUGAUGCACACAAUGACCGUUGAAUGGCCAUGUUUGAGUUUCCAACCAUUAAGAGAUAAUUUAGGUUUAAAUAGAUCAAAAUAUCCACAUACAAUGUAUAUGGUUGCAGGUACUCAAGCAGAUCAAGCAAAGAAUAAUAAGAUUUUAGUGAUGAAAGUAUCGUCACUGUGCAAAACUAAACAUGAUGAAGAUGAUUCCGACGCUGAAUCAUCUGAUGAAGAAGAUGAUGAAGACGAAGACUUUGACAAGGAAGUAGAUUUACAAACUAAUUUUAUCAAUCACAAUGGAGCUGUAAAUAGAAUCAGGGCAAUGGAACAACAACCAAAUAUAGUUGCAACAUGGUCCGAUAGCAGACAGGUUUUCAUUUGGAAUAUACAUAAUAAUUUGAAGGAGUUGGACGGUGAGAAUAAACAACUGAAGAAUCAAUCAUCACCGAUUCACGUUGUCACUUCACAUAGUGAUGAGGGUUACGCACUCGAUUGGUCACCAACCACCGUUGGUCGACUGGCAAGUGGUGACUGUAGCAAUAUGAUCUACGUUACAAACGCAGCCGGUGCAACAUGGAAGACAGACACCGCACCCUACAAAGGACACGAAGCAUCGGUUGAGGACAUUCAAUGGAGUCCGAGCGAAGUCAAUGUCUUUGCAAGUUGCAGUAGCGAUCAAACGAUCAAGGUGUGGGAUAUCCGUUCGAGAAAACCAGCGAUUUCAGUGCAUGCCCACGAAUCGGAUGUCAACGUAAUCUCUUGGAGUCGAAAGGUUGGCUAUCUCAUGGUGUCCGGUGGCGACGACGGUUCUUUCCGUGUCUGGGAUUUGCGUAACUUUAAGAACGACUCACCAGUCUCCAACUUUACCUAUCACAACGGUCCGAUCUCUUCACUCCAAUGGAAUCCAUUCGAUGAAUCUCAAGUGAUUGUCGCUUCGAACGACAAUCAAGUCACAGUAUGGGACUUCUCACUGGAAGAGGAUACCGAAGAGUUUGAGGGUACCGAAGAAACCGACGACUAUCAAGUUCCACCACAACUUUUCUUUAUUCACCAAGGUCAACACGAUGUCAAAGAAGUUCAUUGGCAUCCACAAAUUCCACAUGUCGCCAUUACCACUGCCUAUGAAGGUUUCAACAUAUUUAAAUCUUCAAACAGUGAAUAA